GGUUUUGUUUUCGGUAUUUACAUCGGAUCCAGUUGAGUUGAGUGGUGGCAGCAUCAUUGCAAACAUCCAAGGAACCCAGCAAAACACAUUUUCUAUUCUUCAAGAACAUCGCAGUAAGCGAACAAUUAAAGCCCAGUCAACAAGUUCUAUUCCUGCGAACAAUUAAACCACAGUUAACAGGUUCUAUUCUCCAAAAAUGAACUUCUCUAGAAUAAGAUAUCUUUUCCGCCGGUUCUUCACCUCCUUCGAACGAAACUAUCCGACCCCGUACAAACUUCUUGCGGGCGAAAAGCGAACCGAGCUGCUGCUGCCCCGUGCACUGCUGCUAGCCCUGUACGGACUGCUCGUGGGCUUCCUCUUCUAUCGGCUCGUGCUAGUAAACCUUGACCUUCCCGACACCGUCCGCUUCUACUUCGGCCUUACGGUGGCGGUCGCACUGGCAGUCGGAUGUAGCUUUUCGGCGCAAGCUCGCUGCGUCUGUGCGCUGUGUUGGGUAGGGUUUUUUGGCAAAGCGGGACGCAAUCUGCUCAAAACACUUACACUCACCCUCAUACUGACCGGUCCAAUCGAAAAUGCGACCCUGAACGGCCGGGAAGUGGUGCGCGUUCUAACCUGCUCCGCCGAGCUGGCCUUUAAUUUGACGCUAACGCGCGUCGAUCUGAUGACGAAACCGUUUCAAAAUGCACUGCUCCAGGGGCGCGAUCGGCUGCCGGAGUUGAAGCAAGAGUUUUCCGCGAUCGUUUCCAUCGUCGAACCUAUCGUGCGGGAGGUUGAGCAUUCUGGCCGUGGUGGUGGUGGUGAUGGAGGAGAAGACGGCUCAGACUCGCUCAGCAGUGAGGAGGAGACUGCGGACGGUGCGGGCAUUGAUGGGCCGAUUCGUUCCGCAGCCGCUUAUCAGCAGGCGUACGUGGCCAAGCUUAACGAGCGCUGCCUGGCCCAGCUAGCGACGGGCGUGGACCGGUGCAAGGCGGCGUUCGAGCGGUCGUACGACGAGUGUAGCGAAAGCUUGCCACCGCUCGUCAACACGCUGCUCUGCUGGCCGAUGAAGCUGGAUGUGGCCUGCAGCUCGGCCGAACUGUUCGGGGUUGGUGCCGUGUGCCGCAUGGAGGACGUGCUGGAUGAGGAUUUCGGCGCAAACUAUCGCCUGCUCAAGCAGACCGAACAGCAGCUGACGGGGGGAGUCGGUGGCAUCGGGAUCGAUUAUCAGGUGCCGGAUUUGCGAAACCAUUCCGGUUACAUAACCAUCAAGAAAGCGUCCAAACAGAUGGGGGAAGAAUUCAGCAAAAAGAAACACUUCCUCCGCUUGGUGAGCUACUUUGUGCGCAAAGUGUUUGCGUUCAUCUUUCUCCGUGUGAUAUUCAGCUCGGUCCGAUACCAUAAUGCGUACCUUUGGAGGAUCACUUUCAACAACUUCUACAUAACGGAUCAGUUUCGAGCGCUCGACGCUCGCCGUGUGAUGGAGAAUGGCUUUCCGCUGCUCCCUUUGCGGGCGAUCCAGCAAUCGGAACUGAUUGACACGGGGGCAGGCAUUUGGAACAAGCUGGAACUGCGCCACAUUGUUGGAUCCUUCGCUACGCUGCUGUUUCAUUGCCUUUCGACGACCGUUCUGCUGCUGAUGGACGCACUGCUGUAUGAAACGCUCGACAUAGUGGCUCGCCAUUCGCGCAUUGAGUAUCAUCAGCAAGGAUUCCAUGGCGUUAACGUGACGGUGACCGGUACGGGAGCCCUCGCCGAGCUGGUGCGCAACACUGCCGAAGGAUUCCGCACAAACGAACGGUUAGAUUUCCACGCCUCGAACGAAGCGUGCCUUCCGCGCCCAGUGCCAUUGUCGGGCUGGACCGUCGCCGGCAUUUAUGGACUGUUCGCGCUGCUGGCCCUUCUCAUAACGACCGAAGCGUACGUCCAGCGGGCUCGCCGUCUCAUCUGCUCCUUUUUCUAUCCUGGCCGCGAGCAGAUGCGUACCGCUUACCUGUACAAUCGUGUCCUGCGGCAGACGCGCACCCUGCAGGCGACCCUCCCCGGGCGCAUCUUACAGUUAGCGGACAGUAGUGGCUCCUGCCGAGUGCUCCCGUUUUGUGACCGGCUCGCCUUGCAUCAUCCAAACUGGUUCGGCUGGACCCACACCGGUCGACGGUGUGCGGUGUGUCGGGGCGUCGGAGCACCGCAGGAGUGUCAGCGGCCGGACUGCUUCCUUCGCUACUGUGCCGGCUGCUGGCAGGACAUCGAUCGGCAGUGUGUGGUCUGCGGUGGCCAGCCUGCCGAUUGCUCGAACUGUUGCAACCCGCUCGACAAUCUGUUGACGGCCUGAAGCAGCGUACCAGACAGACAUGACGUGCCGUGACAUCCGCUGGCAAGUAUUUGACAGCACCGUUACGCACACACACACACGCGCGCAAUGUGCCCCUCAGGCCCGUCAAAGUUGGCCGGUACUUGCCACCGGUUGGCUCGUGGCUGGUCCCGUUUGGUCUUUUUGGAUCCGGAAGCAAUGUUCAAGCAUGGAAUCUUCCAGCGCGCACACACACAAACAUACCGAUGCGGUGUGUUGGAAACUCAACGCAGCGUAACGGGCACAGCGGAACGGGCGGGGAAGGGUUUCCCCUUGCCCAGGCGGGAUCAUGCUACAACACGGUCACUGACUGUGGACCGUGUUGGCCGUCGGCAGCAUAAUGAACACACACUUAAAAUAAUCAUCCCGAACGAACGCAGCAGCCAUACAUAUACACACACACACAUUACAUGAUCGCGGGCACGGGCGCGCCCGAGCAUGCGGGCUGCCUGGUUCGGUCAACUGACCGACUGCCAGGCAGCGGGAAAACAGAUCGGGAUCAGUAGCCCCGCGCACAAUUCGGCCAUUCGUAGUGUUGCGAUAUGAUCGCCAGGCUGCUUGGGGAAACGAUGAUGGUACCCGGCCGGCUGCGCGGAGGGGGAUCGUGAUGGGCGGCUAUGAAAUGAGCAUCAUUACACAGUAGCUUGUUGCAUUUCUUCUGGAGAAAGUUUCUUCUAGUUUGGUGCAAAUUGUGAAUCGUAUGGUUGAA